AUGGUCGUUGAAGAUUCUGGUACACAACGUUGCGCUGCCGCCCCGGUGGAAGUCCGCAUCUUAUUUUCAUCGGAAAGCGGCUACGUUAUUCGGAGUGAUUUACUGCAAUAUCGACUGGAUUGCUGGCCAGACAUACUUCGCGUCUUCUCAUUCCUUGAUCCUCUUCAAAAGGUGAAGCAAGUCGAUAUCCCAGAUCGUGCCACCUUGUUUCGACUCCUGUUACCCGACGCUAUUGGCGCUCUGGUCGUAAAAGAUGGCGCCAUAUCACACGAUGUUGAAACAGAGUUGCAAAACCGCUUCAGCCUCCCCUUCCUUCAAGCCGAACCGAUCAUCAGCCGGCGCAUCGCCUGGGUGCAGGGUCGCGAGGACAUUGAUUGCAUAGAACGCGCGUUGAAAGCCGCAGUUGCCCUUGGAAUCAAGCUGGUUGUUCUGGACGAGCCUGGACACUGGCUCCAAGAUCCACAGUCUCCCUGGGCACAUCUUCGGGAAGCAUUCGUUGCUGUGGAUAUCUCGCCGGACUCAGGUCUCGCCACUCGUAUAGCUGACGCCGUGAAGAGUUAUCCGGAGCAAAUCGAUGGAAUUGUCACUAUCAGCGACGUUCGACUUCCAGCCAUUGCAAGGGCUUGCGUUAUGCUAGGCUUGCCAACCGAAAGCGUUGAGGCGUACGAAAUAGCUGGAGACAAGGGCCGAACAAGACUCCUGGAGCCAGUUGGAUCUGACGAAAGUUUUGUCCUCACUCACGCCGACGACCUUGGACCUUACCUUGAGCGCCGCGAGCACCCUCUUCGUUUCCCGCUCGUGGUGAAGCCAGUUGUGGGGUGGAGCAGCGACUGUGUGUCUAAGGUUAAGGAUGUAGCAGAACUGAAAUCCGCCGUUCGCAAAGCGUCAAACCGGCACGCGCAAGCACCAAAACCAAGCACUACCGUCGUAGUUGAACCUUAUAUCGAUGGUCCCGAGGUUGAUGCCAACUUCGUGCUGCUGAAUGGCGAAAUCCUCUUCCUGGACAUCAACGACGACUUUCCUAGUCCGGCAGACCAGGAGGGCGCCGGUCUCAAGGCAAACUUUCAAGAAACACAGAAUGUCAUACCUUCGGGUCUGCCCAAGGCUGAACAAGAUGCUAUUCGCACCCACCUCAAAAGUAGUAUCCUUAGACAGGGCUUUAGGUCAGGGGUGUUCCACUGUGAGGCGAGGGUGAGAAACGCGACAGUUGGGUAUGGGUCAACAACCAGCGGGAUCGUUGACCUAGUCCCCAAGCCCAAAAUUGCGGAGAGUCAAGAGGUGGCAGUGUAUCUUCACGAGAUAAAUGCCCGGCCGCCGGGCUAUCUGGAAUCGGUCGCCGUCCUGCUCGCCCACGGGGUGGAUUAUUACGCACUCCGUAUGCUGCUCGCGCUCGGCUCUCCAGAGAUCCCACGGCUGCGCGCGCUUUCGCAGCCCUUUCAGGGAGGUCCUCAAUUCCAUCUCUCCCUUAUGAUCAUACAACAAACUCGAGCGGGUAUCAUGAAAACCGGUGACGCGGCCAAGGAGUUUCUAGAGAAGCAUCCACACAUGAGGGAGCAUGUGGUGGACUACUACACGAGGAAAAAGGGUGGUGAUGUGCUCGAGGGUCCAGACGCGAGCUCGCUGUGGUGGAUCGCGUACUUCUCCGUUGUGAGCAGGACGUCCCGCCAGGAAUUGCUCGAGCGCGUGGAGUACAUCCAGCGGCAUUUUGAGUACGAGGUCGAGGAGCCGUGAAGGAUGAGCAAGUUUCCUCCCAAUCAAAGCUACCUGCUCAUGCUGCUAUCUUCUGUUACGGUUGGGAUGGCCUAACAGUUCAAUAAUAUGGGGUCGCAAUUACUAUGUACUUGCACAGGGGUGUUACACAGCACAGAGCCCGCCAAGCCGGCUCACAUCCCUUGCGGGUGAAUUCACAACUGGUUACUGACCAUUCUGCAGCUGCAGGUGCGCAAGUUUGCGGGAGUUGUGGUCCCAGACCAUGGGGAUGCCCUCCGGCGGAUUAAAUUUCGCGGCUUGUCCUACAAGGUUUUAUAUUUCCUCUCCGCUUGGCGGCCAUUAUUGUUUGAGCAUGUUUUGCAUCUGUAAGAUUUCUUGAGCAUGUAUCCCGCCCAGACACCGCGGAAGGCGCCACCCGGAGCCAGACGUCGAGUGAAUUUGUUCCUGUUGAUGGCACAUGUGUUACGUUGACCGUGUUGGACGUUUGUGCUCCGGAC